UCCUCCUUUUUACGUCCCUGAGCGAGGCCGGCGUCAAGAUGAACGACACAGUAACAAUCAGGACCCGCAAGUUCAUGACGAACCGACUGCUUCAGAGGAAGCAAAUGGUUGUUGAUGUCCUCCACCCUGGCAAGGCCACAGUCCCCAAAACAGAAAUCAGGGAGAAGCUUGCCAAAAUGUACAAGACCACCCCUGAUGUUGUGUUCGUCUUUGGCUUCAGAACUCAGUUUGGUGGUGGCAAGACAACAGGCUUUGCUAUGGUCUACGAUUCGUUAGACUAUGCCAAGAAGAAUGAGCCCAAACACAGACUUGCUAGGCACGGACUUUAUGAGAAAAAGAAGACCUCAAGGAAACAGCGUAAAGAACGCAAGAACAGAAUGAAGAAAGUACGAGGCAUCAAGAAGGCCAGUGUUGGUGCCAGUGGCAAAAAGAAAUAAGGUGUCAGUUUUCAGUGAGCCUGGAGGACCAGCGUGUGUCUGCAUACUCGAGAUGUUCUUGUAUAUUGUCAUCAAAUAAAGUUUUGGGAAGAAAUGGA